GAAGACCAAUUGUCAAACAGACAGCUGACAUGAGCCGCUUCUGCGCGAGUGGAUAUUUUCGUAUUUAAUCGUAUUAAAUGAUGAAAAACCACGAUGCAGGUAAAAUGCUGCAGUGCGUUCACCACGGAAACGUGCCCGCGACAUGUUAAACACAGUGAUACCGCCCGGUUAAUACAAACCUCGUGAAUAUUGCCUUAUGUAAAUAACAUUACGGCAUAGUUUUAGAUAAAGACUCUUUCCUUUUGUACUUUUUUAAUUAUGGCUGUACAAAAUAAGGUUUUAUACGCUUUCCGCGGUUGGAUAGCGUUUGUAGCUUUUAUGGACUUAGGAACUGCAGGAAGAUCGUAUAUAGAACGGAGAUCAUUUUUGGGCCCUAAUGGGGACAAUGAACAAUUGGAUGGUGACUACACUAUAUCCAGGAUGCUGGGGAUGUAUUCCGUGCUGAAGGCAUUAGCUCUCAUACACUGUACUCUAUACAUACACUACAGACCAGUUGUCUCCAUGGGUUACUGGUCUCUCACUCUGACCAUCAUUUUGUACUUCACUGAGGCCUUCUAUUUCCAUUCGACCAACUUGAAUUUCUACGUGGUAUUCCCGUGCGUUUUAAACAUUAUAACAUUACUAGGUUUGAUAUACUUACCGACGAAGCUAAAGCUAUUCGGCCAAGUUCCCGGUGUUUCCGGCAUGGAUAGGGAAGUCGAGGACGAGAACAUGCAGAUACUGAGGCAAAUGGGCAACUUCAGAAGAAGAAAACCGGGAAGUAAGAAUAAACAUGUGUGAUCAGGUUUCAGUAGUAAUACAGCCAAUGUUGGAGUGUUUGCGAUGUUGGAUCAAACAUUUGUGGAAUGCUGUUUAUAGGUUAGAGUUGCUGUAUUUUUUGUAGUUUUUCACGUGUCUACAUUCGUUUUUAUAAGAUUUUAAAUCGUUCGGAAAUCUCAUAGGGAGUCCAUUCAUCCUUUUACUAAAAAUUAUUUGGGCUAGAAUCAAUUAACUCUCUGAAGGCGGUUUGGACUGUCACAUCGGAGUCGAUUUUUUUUUCCUUUUAAAAAGUUAUCUAAAUUGCGGAAAAAAUGGUAAUCUGUUGGAGCAAGGUUCGUAAGUACGGUGGAUGUCGCAGACAUUCCAAUCGCAGCUCCUCUUGUUUAGCGGCCGUCUGCUGUUAAGUGUGUGGUCUAGCGUUGUCCAGUGGCAGCACUAUUUAAAAAAAAAUGUUUCGCACUAGGUGAUGUGACGCAAAUAUUUGUAUUCCAAACGAUAAUAUUGAAAACAUUUUUCCAGAUUUUAAUAGGGACUGAUUUUAUAAAUCUAAUGUAAUUAUAAUUAGCACCAAUAUUGGCCGUGUUUGAUCCAACGUUUGUUCAAACACAACUGUUCCUCACGCGUCAGCUUUAUAAAACACGCUGUAGAUGUUAGAAUAAGUCUAUUUUCAUACUGUAUCCGCCUACACUAGUCAGCAAUUUGACUUCAUUUCCAAAUACUUCGUUGAAAUAAAACUGUUUCAUCGCUGUUUUUAUAUUAUAAUUUUCUUCCGACGUUUCGAAGACUGCAGCCUUCGAAGUCACGGAGGAACUGAGGUGUUGGUCAAAGUUACAAUAUCAGAAAUUGUAAAACCCAAUUCCUUAGACCUUUCUGUAAACUCCUUUUUUAUUGUCUUGAGGGUGUCGUCUAAUGGGAUUAAGAGACAAUAGUUAUAGUAUGUCGAUUAAAUGUGUUUUCACGGGAGAAUAAUAAGGACUUCCAAAAACCUUGGCAACACCGUCAAAAGUGUAUACCACUGAUAAAUAUUAACACCCUUAUUCAUAGACUUUUUUACCUAAGAACGGAGUAUUGCUGGGAUAACAAGACUUUCUCAGUGGUGACGGCAUGGUAGCCUUCGCAGUGCGUAGACAUAGGGCCGUUGUGAUUGGCUAAUAUUGAGAUACAACUUUAAUCUAGUUGGUUGUCAGAUAAACAAAGCUGAGAAACAGACUUGUUAUCACAGCAAUGCUCUGUCCUUAGAUAAAUAACGUCUAUGACUAAGGGGGUAAUACUUGAUCUGAAGAUUAUUUAUAUUUAAAAUAAUGCGACAAACUGUGAAUGAUUCAUAUGUCCUUCCUUUUUAAUCUUAGUUAUACACAAGACAGGGCUAAAAGAUAUAUUGAAUAUACAGUACUAUACAAAUAUUAAAAGUGUAAGUAUCAAAAUGUUUUAAUUACAUACGUUCUUACUCGUAUAACCCGUAUCAUUAAAGAAUCGAAUCUAAAAUGGCGGCGCUUAUCAUGUUCUCUUGCUUGUACACUAGUGCCGUCUAUACUCACUCAGGCGUGUAUUACAGACAGUCUCCAUUUGAUUUCACGCUGUCUUGACGCGCUGUGAUUUUUUUAUGAAUUCGUUGUUAUACUUCUCUGUUAUUUAUCCAUUGUUACUUGUUUGCUAUUGUUAAGUUAAAAAUAAAGAAAUGUUGGGAGAGAGCCUCCCUGUUAUGAUUGAAUGCUUAUUAAAUAUUAUUAAUUUGAAAAAAAAUUACUGAAAUUUUACAUGCUAACUGUAUAUGUCAAAGUAAGUGCAAUCCGCCAUUUUAGAUUCGCUUCUUUAAUGCAGCGGGUUAUACUACAGAUAAGAGUGUUGCAAGUAGCGAUUUCAAAAAUGUACUAAACAUGCCAUGUAAACACAUUUAAUCCACAAACUAUGUAUUAACUGAUAAUCUCACUUAAUCUAGUCGUAAGUACAUCUUAUAAACUAUUAUUUAAGCAUAUAAAUUUUAAUUAUAUUAUGUAUUAUUUAUAAUAGAGUUGCUAAGUAUAUAGCAAUGUAUGAACCGAAGAUUUACAACUGUUUUUGUUUUAUUGUGUGUACAAAUGUUUUUAAACAAAUUCAAGGGCUUUUAGUAGGCAAUAUAUAAUUGAUGAUAUAUUAAUCGAUGUACAAAGGUGAUCUUAGGGGGAGGCGUUUACUGGUGGUAGGUCUCUCAUAUGUAAGAGUCCGCCUGGGUAGGUAUCACCGCAAUGUCUAUUUCUGCCAAGCAGCAGUGUGUAGUCACUGUUGUGUUCCGGUUUGAAGAACGCUGUAGCCAGUGUAACUACUGGGCAUAAGACUUAGCUUCUCAUGUUUCAGUGAGCGCAGUGGAAUAACAAACGCACUUUGUAAUUCAAGGUGUUAAUGUUCCUACUGUUUAUCGAUCGUAUCGCUUACCAUCAGGCGAACGGCAAGCUCGUCCCGUCAUUUUAUUAAAAAAGGCGAGCGUGGCAACCGCCCGGCGUCUCACGCGAUGUAUUGGAUCUUUUACGAUUUUACCGACGAAACUAUUAAAACUGGGGAUCUUUUUACUGCUCUGGGGUCUCGCGUUGUAUAGGACCGCCAUUGUCAGUAAGUACAAUUGCGGUCUAUUUGAAUAAACGAUUAUAUUUUAAGUACGGAUCGAUAGUAAGAAUAAUAAUAUCAGCCCUGUAUUAUACAAUUGUCCCACUGCACGGGCCUCGGGAAAUAUUUUCGCUUCUGCCCACCCCUUAAGGAUCACAAGCGGUAUGUUAAAAUAAAACGUAAUAUCGACCAUUGAAAAGCUAAUUGACGUAAGCGACAUUUUUGUUUCGAAAAACUUUACUAGGCUAAAAAUACUUCUUUUUAUUUGUUCCUUGACUGAAAAUUGAUUAAAUAGUCCAUUUUUGUUUUGUAUCUGAUAUUAUUACUCGACAUUGGCAACAUCACCGAUAAAUAAAAGGUGGCAGCCGUAUAAUAGGAAAA